AUGUCAGCUAAUACUACAGGCGACUUUCACGCUCUCGUGGUAGGCGCAUCUGGUCUCGCAGGUUGGGCCGUCGUCGACCAACUGAUGCGACACUAUCCUGAAGAGGGCGUCUUUAGCAAGGUCACAGCCUUGACUAACCGCCCGCUCGAUGUGGCCAAAUCGUUUUGGCCUCAACCCGUCCUCGGUCGACCAGAACUUCAGCUAGCGUCAGGCGUGAAUCUCCUCGAGGGCUCUGCAGAGGAUGUGGCGGAACUGCUGAGGACUAAGGUCAAGAAUACCGAAAGCAUCACACACGUCUUUCAUUUUGCGAACAAGGUCAUGGCUGAUCCUCUCGAGGACGUCAAAGUCAGCGUCGGGAUGCUCGAGCGGAUCGUAGGCGCUGUCGCACUCCUCUCACCAAAUCUCAUGUUCGUCGCAUUUCCCGGCGGUCAGAUGGGCUACGGGAUAUACCAGCCCGGUGGAACCUAUAAAUCUCCGUAUCAUGAAGCUCUUCCCCGAGUGCCACCUCCUUUGGGCGACGGGAUCCCCUACUACGCCAUGCGUGACAAAUUGGACGAGAUGAUGGCAGGAAAGAAGUGGACGUGGUGCGAAGUCUGUCCGGAUGCAAUCAUUGGUUUCGCUCCGAACGGCUCUGCCCUAAGCCUUGCAGGGCAUUGGGCCACCUGGCUCUCGACAUAUCGUCUCGUAAACGGAAGGGGUGCUCGCGUUCACUUCCCCGGUACGAUGAAAGCCUACAACGCACUAUUCAACGAUGCCUCGUCAUCACUCAUUGCACGUCAAACCAUCUGGGCCUCUCUGCACCCUCUGAAAUCCUCCCGCCAACUCUUCAACGUCGCCGACUCCGCUUCACCGUCGUCAUGGCGAGACCGCUGGCCGCGCGUUGCAGCGUACUUUGGCUUGGAAGGGGUGGGGCCCGCGGACGAGCCGGAAAAGGAGCUGAAGCCAGGGGAGUACGUGAUGAAGUACAAGUCAGUGCUGGAGGAGAUGGGGUUUGGAGGUAGCCAAAUAUUUGUUCCAGAGUGGUUGGAUGGGUAUGGAUUUGCGCUCGACUUCGACAGGGCAUUGUCGCUGAACAAAAUCCGCGAGGCGGGGUUUAUGGAAGAAGGUGAGGAGAGCUGGACGAAGGCAUUUGACAUGUUCAGAGAGGCGGGAAUGAUCCCUAGACUGGACUAA